AGCGAUCAAGUGGCAGUCUUUUGUCUCAGAACAUCUUACUAUUCAUCGUUUUUAGAUUCACUCAAGCCCGCAGUUCAAAAGAUGUCGCUGAUCCCAAGUGUUUUUGGUGGUCGAAGGAGCAGCAUUUUCGAUCCAUUCUCGGUCGACAUGUGGGAUCCCUUCAAGGAUUUUCCAUUUCCCUCUUCUCUCUCGACUCCUUCUGGGGAUAAUUCUGCAUUCGUGAGCACACGGGUGGACUGGAGGGAGACCCCAGAAGCUCAUGUGUUAAAGGCCGAUCUUCCAGGGCUGAAGAAGGAUGAGGUGAAGGUUGAGAUUGAAGAUGACAGGGUGCUUCAGAUAAGCGGAGAGAGGAACGUGGAGAAAGAAGACAAGAAUGACACAUGGCACCGCGUCGAGCGAAGCAGCGGCAGAUUCAUGAGGAGGUUCAGGCUGCCGGAGAAUGCUAAAAUGGAUCAGGUGAAGGCUUCCAUGGAGAACGGCGUGCUCACUGUCACCGUUCCUAAGGCAGAGGUUAAGAAGGCCGAUGUUAAAGCCAUCCAGAUUUCUUAAUUCUUAAAAAGAAUGGUAAUC